AUGACGCGCCACGCACAGGUGACAGCUGCGCACCAAAUGGUUGUGUUGCAGCCCAAGACGCAGCCCACGAGUCAGGAUUCAUCGCAUCGCCGCGCAGCCACACGACGCUUUGCGCCAUGGCGGUCCACCAAUGCCGCUGGAGAGAGUGAACAUGAAUUGGAUGCGGAAUUAUCGUGCGGGCUGUCAUGUGGCGUCUCCUGCUUGCAUCCGGGAAAUGUCGAACGAUCUCCGAGGCAACCCUCGAGUGCGUUAUUUUUCUCCCCAAUUGGCAGGCGAACGGCGUUGCAACGAAGACAUUUUGUGACUGGCGGUGUUGCAUCCAAGACCGCUUCCGCCGUUUUUUGCUCACGGCGCACACUACAUGAACUUGGUGUCUCUGUUUCUGAAGAAAAUGUGAUGGCAGCGGGGGAUUUUGUAUCGCUUCUGGACGAAGUUGUUGUUCCUGCAAAAUAUGCGGUGCGCCUGCAUGAUGUCGAGGGGAGAAUGUUGGUUGUUCAUGGCGAUGCCAGUGUGGAGGCGUCUCCCAUUGCCCCUUAUCUGGAUCGCUCUAGAGUCAAUGACAGGAAAUAUUUUUACAUGAAACCGUUACUGGAACGCCCUGCCCUUUUUAGCAGUUCCCAUUUGUGGCAUACGGGUACGAGUGACGGUGCCGGCGUUGCCGUGCCCCGGUGGAGACAAUACACAGUGGCGGUGGCACUUUACAUUGCGCUGGCCGAUGCCGGGUAUUGUGAUCGGGCAUUACCAUUUCUGUCGAUUCAAUGGAUAAAUUGGCGAAGGUUGUUGCGUCACCAGAUGCAUCUGAGACUUGACCUCAUGAAAAAUGACGUCACACGUGAACUGUUGCAGCCAUGCUACAAACAUCUCCAUCAUUCUCGUGAUAUCAAAGAAGAAGAAGAAGAGGAAAGAAAAGUGCCAGUGGCAUUACAUCUUCCACUUUCCACAAAGGGCGUUCUGCACCGUCCGUGCGGAGCAAAAGGGGAGUUGCCAUCUUUGUCUACCCAACCAUUUACAGAUGCGGAAGUGUUUCAGCUUUUUUACCUUCAGCUUGUUUUUCGUGCUGUGUAUGAUAUACGUUUCCCUGGUAUGAUGGCUGAGGCGGAGGGAAAUCCCCUGCGUUCUGAUCUUGUGGGGGCGGACAACAGUGGCGUGCAACCGUUAGCAUUUGAACACCCAACUUUGCCUGACCACUGGCUCCUUUUUCCGCCACGAUCACGAGUACUUCACCUGGUGUCUCUCGAGGAAGUCAUUAUUCCACACUAUGCAUCUCCGCAAACAAUUUUGGAUACGACACGGCAACGGCUUUUUGGCGCCACGCCACUGUUACCGUGUCAAGGUCAAUUGGGACGAGAAGUGGUCAUGAAAUGGGCAGUGCAUCGUGUUGUCCAAUCUCCACAGGAGGCCUUUAUUGCGUUAGAAGAAUUAUUUAAAUUUUUUGAGGAUCCCUAUGGCAUCAAACAACAAUUUAUAUGGCAGGCCUCCGUUGCACCACGCACAUAUCGGUGUGGAAUGGCUUCUCUGACACGGUUGCAUGAGAACAACGUAGAGCUGUCUAAAUUUUUUUAUUUGCUAAAGAAUUUUGACGGUGCUGUUCCACGGGGGAUUUUACCCUUACCCGCUGAGAAAACACAAGUGAAUACAGGAAACAAAGAAGAUGGUAUCGUACAGCUUUGGCGACAAUACCUUCAAGAAGGUUCUAUUGCAUUGUUUGAUGGAAACACAGAUGCAAUUGAGAUUAUACGGUUUCUCGGGAGUGGUGGUAGUAGUUUGGUAUACGAGGGAAGGCUUGGUCCACAGUCCCUUCCUGUUGCUGUAAAAUGUCUCAUUCUUCCAAACGGCAUGGAUCACGAGACGUAUGUAAAAGAAUCUCUGACUAAUGUGGCAUUUUUUGUACUCUUUAAUCAAAUGGAGAGAUGCGGUAUUUUGGGAGGGACUCAUAUCUACGAGUUUGUAGUGAGUGACACCCCUCCCAAAGGGAUGCCAGAGGAGGAUGUGCUUACAUGCAGCCGUGGGGCGCAUGUCAAUUCCUGCACAAAACUUUGUUACGUCGUGACGCAACUCAUGGAUGGUGUUAUUGGCAGGUUUGUGACGGAGGAGGAAGAUGCAUUUGACCCCUGCUAUGACACCAUUGUCAACACCCCACUGUGUGAUGGGGAAGUCUUUCAAUUUUUGUAUACCCAACUUGUCGCGCGUGCGUUGUUUGAUUAUAUUAUUUUAGACUUUAUGCUGCACGGCCAGCUUCGGGGUGAUAAUGUCGGCUACGCUUUUGUUUCCCGUGAUGAGGGGGGGACACCCGGUCGUCCAUCGUAUGACGGCAUCAUCAUGAUGUUUCAGACACCAAAAGACGCUUCCCCACGAUAUCUACGAUUUCCUGCAGGCAUCUCGGAUUCAAGUGAGCUGAGACCGCUGCGCUUUAUCCGCUUUAUCGACCUUGGACAGGGGAAGCAGCCAACGACGGAGAGAUUGUCGCAACGCGGUCUCAUUGGCGAGACGGUUGUGGACUCCUGCAUCACGGACGAUGGACUUGGACGCUACUGGCCUUUGGACCGCAUUUAUAGUAAAUACAUUGAUACGAUUGGCACGUUGGCCCGCACGGCGGUUGAAUGGGGAGCCAAUCUUUGCGUGGACUCCCCGCAAGCGGCGGAGGCCGCACUGGAGGAGUUAUUUGAGCUUUAUGCGCCCAUGUAUGGUGUCGCGACGCCAAAAUCCGAGGAACUUGCCAGGCAUGCCGUCUUUGAAUGGACUCCCUUGACCGUGAGAGAACUGCGUCGUCAGUCUGUGUACCGGUGCAAAGACGACGACAGCAACUGA